AUGAACCGCCAAGUCGUCGUCCCCCACCGUAAUGCGCUCCUCUCCUCGACAUCCCUCGCAACCACCCUCCUAGUCCUUACGCUCGCCUUUGCGUCCCUGGCAAAUGCCUACACCGAAAUGUCCGAGGCCUUUCUCAAGGCCAUUCCACUCGACCACGGCGACUUUGACAUACUCAACCAGCGCGGCCUGCUAGCGCCCAUCCUGAUCCCCCGCGUGCCCGGCACGCCGGGACAGGAGCAGGCCCAACAGCACAUCACUUCCUUCUUUGCGCGCGAGCUGCCCAAAUGGAACGUGUCGUGGCAGAACUCGACCGGCACGACGCCCGUGACGGGCAACAAGCAGGUGCCGUUCCAAAACAUCAUUGUGCGCCGCGAUCCGCCCUGGACAAAGCCCGGGCAGGCAAACUACCUGACGCUGGUGGCGCACUACGACUCCAAGAUAUCCCCGGAGGGCUUCAUCGGAGCUACCGACAGCGCGGUGCCGUGCGCCAUCCUCAUGUACGUGGCCAAAAGUAUCGACAAGUACCUAACGCAGAUGCACGACGAAAUGGCCGCGCUGGGCGAGGGCGGUACCAUACCCCAGGACAUGGCCGUCCAACUGCUUUUCCUGGAUGGGGAGGAGGCGUUUGCGACGUGGACGGAGACAGAUUCAGUUUAUGGCGCCAGGGCCCUGGCAAGCCAUUGGGAGCAGUCGGUCAACCCGGCCAUGUCCUUUUAUAAAAACCCCCUUGACCAGAUCAGCCUCUUUGUGUUGCUGGACCUGCUUGGCUCAGCAAAUCCAUCGGUGCCGUCUUACUUCCAGACGACACAUUGGGCGUACAAACACAUGGCGAUGGUCGAGACGCGCAUGCGCAACUUUAGCAUGUUAGAGUCGGUUCCUGUCAAGCCUUUCUUGCCCGAGUCUGGCAAGACUAAGUUUUUGCCUGGCGGGAUUGGUGAUGAUCACGUCCCCUUUUUGCAAAAGGGAGUCGAAGUCCUGCACAUCAUCCCCAGCCCGUUCCCGGACGUAUGGCAUCGCAUGGAGGAUGACGGCGCACAUCUCGACAUGGCGACGGUCAGGGAUUGGGCGAGGAUUACGACGGGGUUUGUGAUGGAGUGGUUAGACAUGAUGGAGGUUGCGCCAAAAGGUGCAGGGGGCGAGGCUACGUGA